CUGCCCUUCCCUCCCUCCCUCCCCUAGAGUUAAUGCUAUUGCUGUCAUCUUUUGACUCUUUGGAGUGGCAGUUGGAAGGGCACCCUUUUGCACCUUUUAGGUCAGUGUUUUCUCUCUCAUACUCUCUUUUCUAUAUAUGCACAGCAGGACAAAAGGAAACCUUAGCCUUAUACCCUUGUCUUAAAGCUUCCAAACACAAAAUCAAAAUAGAGCCUGUUUUCUGAUUUCUUCAGGAUUAGAAUAAGAAAAGGGAAAAAAAAAAGAAAACAAGGUGAUAUGGGGAGACCACCUUGUUGUGACAAAGUAGGUGUGAAGAAAGGGCCAUGGACUCCCGAAGAAGAUAUCAUCUUGGUGUCUUAUAUUCAAGAACAUGGUCCUGGGAAUUGGAGGGCUGUUCCCACCAAUACAGGGUUGCUUAGAUGUAGCAAGAGCUGCAGGCUUAGAUGGACUAAUUACCUAAGGCCAGGGAUUAAAAGAGGUAACUUUACUGAACAUGAGGAGAAAAUGAUAAUCCACCUUCAAGCUCUUUUAGGCAACAGAUGGGCUGCAAUAGCAUCUUACCUCCCUCAAAGAACAGACAACGACAUUAAAAACUAUUGGAACACUCACUUGAAGAAGAAGCUGAAGAAGCCCCAAGGCAGUGAAGGUUAUUUUAGAGAUGGGUUAUCAUCAUCAUCAUCAACAACAUCACCAAAGCAAAUUUCUAGAGGUCAGUGGGAGAGAAGGCUGCAGAUUGAUAUCCAUAUGGCUAAACAGGCAUUAUAUGAUGCCUUGUCCCCAGAGAAAUCAAGUGGUUUAGCUGAGCUGAAACCCUCUAUUGGGUACAUUUCUUACGCAAAACCACGAUGCUAUGCAUCAAGCACAGAGAACAUAGCCGAGUUGUUAAAAGGGUGGAUGAGAAAUCCAUCAAAGCCUGCUUCUAAAAACUCUGCUACCACUCAACAAUCAUUCGACAACGUGGCUGGGAUGACUGAUUCUGCCUCUAAAGCAGGGACUCCAAGGAAGGAAGACACUAGCAGCAUGGAAAUGUCAGAGCCUUUUGAGUCACUGUUUGUCUUUGAAUCUUUUGAUUCUUCCAAUUCUGAUAUCUCACAAUCUAUGUCACCUGAGGCAAGCCUUUUCCGAGAUGAAAGUAAGCCCGAUCUUACUGCCCAAGGGCAACUGUCAUUGCUCGAGAAAUGGCUUUUUGACGAUUCUCCCAAUCAAGGGAAUGAUUACCAGCUUAGUGAUAUCAAAUUAGAUGAAAAUGCUAACUUUGUCUAAAGCCGGGCAGUAUCUUCUUUUAGGGCCAUUUUGGGAUUCUUUUGAUCUUGGCUUAUUUUUUCGCUAUAGGUCUUUACGUUCAAGUAAGAAAUCGGUAUCACCCCUUUAUAGUGGCAGAGCAAAAGGGUAAAUUUCAAAUUAUUGUGGCAGAUAUCUUUGGUUGAGAAUAAGUAAUAGUAUUUCUGUCCUGAUUUUCUGCAUAGAAAACGACUUAUCAGCUUUGUAAAAUCUUGCAUUUGGAAAAAUGAGAUGAAUUAGAGUAUUCAAGCUUUUUUUUUUUUUUGAGGCCUAUAAUUUUCAUUAUCCAAGGAUGAGUAUUUGUGGACUGAACUCAAGCUUAAUGGAUUAUCUGUAUAUAUGCAUAUAGAUCUAUAUAUAUGUAUAAAGAUCUUUAGA